AUGUCGCAACCUCAGACUCAAGCUCAAGCCCAAGUCAAGGCCCCUCGCGAAUUCAAGUUUGUAGGCGCCUAUAGCCGCAAGCGACGCCGUCGAAACGGUACUGGCCCGACUGGGCCGAAGAGUACAGCUGCCGUGGCCUCGACUCCCCGAAGUGCACCUACACCCGCCGCGCCAAAUUCCAGCCCUAAAGUUGCGAGUGGAAAGGAAGAAAACAAAGACAAGUCGCAGCAUGGCUCGCCUCCUGUUGUGACGCAUCCGCCCGAUGUUCAAGUUCCACCACCUGACACUCCCAUGGUAUGCGAAGAAACCGCCAACCCAGUCGACAGCGAAAUGAUGCUGCAGCCCGUCACUGAGGGCAUGAGUCAAGGAAAUGACAUAGACUGGUCCUAUUCGAGCUUGAUGAACCCAUUCUUUGACCCGGGUCCAUCCUUUGUUGCUCCCUUUGACCAAAUCAACGGGCAUCAACAGCUGCCCCUUUACUUUGGACCCGACAUUCCUUUUGUGCAGUUGGAUGAAAGUUCCUCUGCCGACAACUCCCCCGAGAAUCACUUCAUUGGACCUAAUCUUCCCAACGAGAGCAACGGAGCCAAUGUCGAAUGCGAUGCCGAUGGGCAACCGUCAACGAUCGACGAGAUUGUCCUGCCAUCGUUGAGCUCCCAAGAAGCUCCAUGCAAUAUCAGCCUAACAAUAACCCAACUACUAACGCGAUAUGAUCAAGAGUUUUGCGUCAUGCCUUUGACACACGAUUUCGAUGCCAACCCUUUCCGAUUCGACGCCGAGACUGGUAGAGGCUCGCAACUCCUUCUUCACUGUAUCUUGGCUCUGUCCUACAAGCAUAUUAACCGCGAUACCGGCUCUUGUGCUAGUGAGGCCAAAAUGCACAAAAAGAAGGCUCUCCAGAUGCUCAGGGAUAUGGAGGGCAAUUCACAAGCGUCACCAAUUGAAGCGACCUUUCUUGACGCUGUGUUGAUUCUAAUGACAUUAGAUUGCGCAACUUCGGCUCAUGGACCAUGGACUUGGUACUUGAAGCGUGCACACAAGAUGAUACAGGCUACAGAGGGUCUGAAUGUCAAGAAGACUCCACGGAUGCAAGCACGUAUAGAGAUGCUAGUCUGGUGGGAUGUUACCCUUGCCCUUACGAGCCGUCAAGGAUGCGUUCUAUCCGAAUCUACAAUCAUUAGUCUCUUCAACCACGACAAGUCGAGCAACGAGACCUUUUACAGCGUGUCUGGGUGUCCAGAAGCCCUGUUUCGACACAUGAUCCGUUUAGGAUCGUACGCGAGGGAAUUUGAACUUGUGACCAACAUGACGUGUGUGAAGUUUGACAUGGGGCCAGUGUUGGGAGUGGAAAAAGAAAUCAGGGAAUGGACAGACCCCGAGUAUGGCGAUCUCCCUGAUCAGAUCGUCGCCGACACUCCCCCCUCCGAAGGAUGUGACAUCGGAGAGGUUGCUCACUACAAGGAAGACCUUCACCACUGUGCGGAAGCUUGGCGAUAUGGUCUCCUCAUCUACAUAUGCCGCGUCUUCAAGUGGCAGCGUGACCAACCGGCACCGCCAAUCCUGGGUUUCCUUGCGCGCAAAACGCUCAACCAUGUCACAUCCUGUAGAUACAGCUCCAUGCUCCAGAAGCAGCUGCUACUACCUGUGUUCCUUGCCGGCUGCGAGACAACGGACGAGCAUUUGCGUCAGGUUGCUAGGACAUACUGUAGCUGGUGGAAUGAGCGGACUCGAUAUGACAUGUUCCUGACGGCCAACGCUCUGCUCGAGGAGGUAUGGUCCAACGAGACCCCCAAUUCGUGGUGGGGCUCUAUCAUUGACCAAAAGAGUCGUUCCAACGUUGGAACUGGAGAUGCUCGCCAAUAUUUAUUCGGUUGA